AUGCUCUCUGCUGACGCUCUUCGCCAAUUAUCACAAGGGAGCAACAAUGAUUAUAUUUUUGACUUUUCCUUAAUACCAUCUGAUCGCUAUGAAACUUUAUUCAGGACUUUGCAAAAGUUUUGUUUAAAUAACGUUGAUGUACUUGGAUUUUCUUGCGACGCUAUCUCAAAUUACGCAGGAGCUAAUGCUCAUCUUCCAACAGAUAUUAUGCAUUCAAUCGCUAAAAAUAAAAAGAGUUACAUUCGAAAUAUGGUUGAAUUACUUUGCUACUGCGUUCCAAAGAGCCCAAAGAUCACAGAACUUCAAUUUUCUCAUUUAUUAAUAGCAGGAGAAUAUCUUUCAAGAAUGGCGGGCUCAUUUUCUCGUUCAAAAUCAUUAAAACGUAUUAUAAUUUGCGAUUGCAAUUUAGAUGAUGCAGGAGCAGAGUCUUUAUUUAAAUUCUUAGAUCCAAAUAAAAUAGAACUCAUUACAAUUGAAAAUUCAAAUAUCUCUGGACAAAUUAUCCCAGAAGCCAUUAAUUUUGUACAAAGAAAGUCGGUCCCUAAUGGUGGAAUAAUGGAAAUUAAUCUUAAUGGAAACCAAAUUUCGCAAUCUGAUUUACUUAAAUUAAAUCAAGCACUACAUCCUCUUUCUAAGCAAUCAAUUCCUUCACAAUCUAUUCCUAAGCCAUUUAUCGACGAAGUAUCCCCAGAAGAUCUUUCUGAUGAAGCAUCUUUUCCAGAUAAUCACGAAAAUGCUAUUCAAGCUGAAAUUGCGGCUCUGAAGAGUGAAAAUCAAAUGUUACGUAAUCAAAUUAAAGCUUUACGUGAAAUGAAGGCAUCAUCUGAAAAUAACGGUUCAAUUUUCGUUGUUGGGACAGGUGCUCCACAAUUUGUUAGUUAUCUUGGUGAAGUUGAAGAAAAAUUACUUGCUAUUGAUCAAAAUACCAAAUUUAUGUAA